UUAAAACCUGCUCUCUCUCUCUCUAGGGUUUUUUUCUCAAUAUCUCUGCUCUCACCAUAUAGAAACAGAAAUCAACAAGAACGACGACGCAUAAAGCUUUGCUUCAAGCUUUUUUCUUUUCAUCUUGGGUGUUUUUUGGUGAUAUUUCAAAAAGAAAAAUUAUAAAAAAAUGGAGCAGCUUUUAAGUAUACUGCAUGGGUUAAAGCCAGCAAUGUUAAUGGUUGUGGUUCAAGUAGUGUUUGCAGGUGUUAAUGUGUUGUAUAAAUUGGCAGAAAAUGAUGGGAUGAGCUCCAAGGUUAUGGUCGCUUAUCGUUUCAUAUUUGCCUCUGCUGUUAUGAUCCCUCUUGCUCUCGUCGUUGAAAGGAAGAGGCCAAAACUGACUUGGACUGUGCUACUUCAAGCAUUUUUUUGUGGGUUACUUGGGGGUUCACUAUCUCAAAAUUUGUACAUAGUGAGCAUGACCUUAACGUCCGCAACAUUUGUUUCCGCCAUGACUAAUUUAAUUCCUGGCAUAACUUUCAUUGUGGCCGUCACUAUUGGAUUGGAAAAGGUAGGAUUUGGAACAAUGGCAGGGAAGGCAAAGGUGUUGGGUACAUUAAUUGGAAUAGGUGGAGCAAUGUUGCUUACUUUUUACAAAGGAGUCCAAAUUAAUACAGGAUCGGUCCAUCUAGACCUUGUACAUCAUCAACAUCAUGGUGCUGCUUCUUCUUAUAGCUCACAUCCAAGCUCUGCACAUCAUUUAUGGGGUGCUUUGUUGGCUCUUGGUAGCUGUAUUUCAUAUGCUCUAUGGUUAAAUGUUCAGGCUAAGAUGGGUGAGAAAUAUCCAUGUUAUUACUCAAGCACAGCAUUGACAUGCAUUAUGGCAGCCAUACAAUCAACUGUUUUUGCACUUUGCUUGGAAAAUGAUUGGAGUCAAUGGAAAUUAGGCUGGAAUGUUAGGCUUCUCACCGUUGCCUUUGCGGGAAUUUUAGGGUCAGGGUUGAUGUUUAGCUUGGUCGCUUGGUGCGUGCGCUUGAAAGGUCCGCUUUACGCAUCUGUUUUUAACCCUUUGUUGCUUGUAUUAGUUGCCUUUGCAGGCUCAUUUUUCCUCGAAGAAAACCUCUAUCUGGGAAGUAUAAUGGGAGCAGUGCUUAUUGUGAUGGGACUCUACAUUGUGCUAUGGGGAAAAGGCAAAGAGAUGGAAAUGAGAAAGAUGAAUGAAUUAGUUUCAUCAAUUAAAAGUGUUACCAGCAAUAGAGCUAUCCAAGUUAUUGUCACUUCUAAUGAUGCCACUUCUACUGUUAGUAACAAUGAUAAUAAUAGCAUCAAUGUAGCAAGUAAAAUUCCAUCAAAUAAAUAGGGCUUUUUUAGAGAGAAAAAAUAUGAAGAAUAAUAUAGAGAAUAUAUAUAUAUAUAUAUAUGUAGUGUUUGGUAGAGAGAAAAAAAAGAGAGGAAAAUUGCUUUUGAGUAAAGUUUUGUUAUUUCUCUUUUUGUCUCUAUUGUUUGUAGUUAUGUCCUUCCUAAUUUUGUUGGCAAAAUAUUUGUAUCGAUUUCCUUGGAUAUGAAUAAAGAGUAUUAUCUCAAAGAGUGUAAUAUUUU